AAGGUCUGAUUUAAGAGUUUAAAAGCCAAGCUCACGUCGUAGUAGGAUUUGUAAAUUCGCUUCGCUGGACUUUUCAACACGGGAUUUCCUGCAAACUGGAUCUGCCCGCUACGUGAGGAGAGGGAAAAGUUGAGAGAUAGUGAAAAAUGUCGGAGCAAGAGACGAUAAAGAAAUCGGUUGGGCAGUCUUUAUCAAAGGAUGAAGAUUUUACCAACGGAGGGAAUUCUGUUUCCAGCAAUGCUCCAGAUGAGGUGACAGAGAAGUUUCAACUGGCCACAGUCUAUGUGUCAGAUGCCCAAUAUAACAGGAACAUCUUUUUUGAUACAUCCCCUCAGGCUGUGAGACUUUAUCUGCUCUACAAUCACUGGAUCAUGCAGACGUUGGUAUAUGUAUUCAUCAUAACAAAUCUUGCUCUGGCUCUGUUUGAAGAUCCUGCUGUUUGGCCAGUUCCAAUAUGGGUAACUGCAACAAUUGAGAUCAUAUGUCUCUCCGCUUUCACUUUCCGGCUGGUACACUACGCCAAAGUCAUUCCGAAAGAUAAAUUCUGGAAGGAUCCCAAAAAUAUCUGCAUCAUAAUCAUUGUAACGCUCUCCUUUAUAGAUUUGACUAUUUAUGGGGCUCUGAAAGCAGCAGGCUACUUUGGCAUCCGAUGGUCAAGGGUCUUAAGACCACUUCUGUUAGUCAAUGUUACAGAAGGACGACAACUCCGGAGAGCUUUUAGGAGUAUUCGGAACGCACUACCUCAGAUCUCCUAUGUGUUUUUCUUAUUCAUGUUCAGUGUAUUGGUGUUUUCUCUCAUGGCUCUAAAGUUAUUUGGAAAAAGGGGCCUUCUCACCAUUGAUGGCUCUCCGUAUUUCACAGACUAUUUUGAUAUAGUUUUUGAUCUGUAUGUUUUAGUCACCACUGCGAAUAGCCCAGAUGUCAUGAUGCCGGCAUACAACUACAGUGUUUUCUUUACGAUUUUCUUCAUUCUGUAUAUUGUUAUCAACACCUACACCUUCAUGUCAUUCUUUCUGGCUGUAGUUUACAAUAACUACAAGAAAUACCUCAAGGAAGAGGUGCGGCAGCUGGUGAAGGCUAGAAGAUUUAAGAUGUGUCGGGCGUUUUCUGUGCUGCAGGAGCCCUGUGGUGAAGGUGGGGAAUCGGUGGUAACGCAGGCCAAAUGGAACCACCUGGUCAAGCUUGUCAAGCCAAAGAUUAGUACUGGCCACCGGGAGCUACUGUGGAGUGUUUUAGAUGAUCAGAAGAAAGGACACAUAGGAAAGUUAGCUUUUGUCCAGUUGGCUGAUCUGUUGAGUAUCGAGGUGAUCACAGUCAGGUCGCAAACUCAUCCAUUGCAGAUCUGCUUUCCGUCACUGUAUAAUUCCUCAGCCAGCAGGUUUAUACGAUACAUGGUUCGUCACAGAAUGUUUGUGUAUGUCUAUGACCUGAUUAUUCUGGUCAACGCUGUGUUUAUUGGUCUGGAUGAGGAGAACCCUGUGGUGUCAAAUGCUGAGUGGGGUUUUCUGGCACUUUAUAUGCUGGAGAUCAUUCUUAAACUUUAUGCCACAGAGCCUCGUAUGUUUUUCGCUCGACAUCAGUUUUGGAACUGGUUUGACACCAUCAUUGUUGUGUCUGCACUUUUUGGCACAAUCAUUAACUCCGCACUCAAGCACUCUGGAGGUUAUACGAGUCGUCAGAUCUUGGACAUAGUUUUCAUUUUGAGAGUCUUGCGACUCAUACGCUUAGUGGAUUCCAUUAAAAGAUUCCGAGCCAUCAUCAACACACUUAUUAAAAUUGGACCGACUAUCCUUACAUUUGGCCAACUCAUAUUGGUGGUGUACUACGUAUUCGCCAUGGUUGGAAUGGAAAUAUUUAAAGGCAAAAUACAGUACUUUGAACCUAACUCUACAAGGCCUGACCAAGAGUACUGCGGAAAUCCUCUACUAAAAGGCACCACAUUUGCAAAACUCAACUACUGCAAGAACAACUUUAACAAUGUUGUUUCUUCCUUCAUUGUUCUGCUAGAGCUCACUGUUGUUAAUCAGUGGCAUGUUGUGACCAGCGGUUUCACAGCAGUCACACAUGUUUCAGCCAGGCUAUUUUUCGUCGUCUUUCAUAUUGCGGUCGUCAUUAUCAUAAUCAAUAUUUUUGUUGCUUUUAUCCUGGAGGCCUUCUUAGUGGAGUACACGGUUGAUAAAAGUGAACUGCAGACUUCUCUUGAAAAGAAAAUUGAGGAGCUGGAACUCAAUGUUCAACAGGAUGGUGUGGACAACGGUCUUGUAGAUGCAAUGGAAAGCAGUGACAAUGACUUGGGUCCUAAUGAAUCUGGCAAACAGAAGCCCUCCCUUAUGUUCAAGAUUGCUUCAAGAAGAUCCAGAACUGUGGAUGGACUCUUGCAGAGAAUGUUUGAAACUGAUCUACGCCCUGAGGACUUCAACGAAGAGGAGGAACCAGAAAACAUAAACUUCUCAAACCCUGUUUUUGACUCUAUAUAAC